AUGUCAAAUUUAUUUUCCGGGUUAGCAAGCAUUACAAAAACUGUAUCAGAUGCUCUUAAUAACCCAGAAGUUAAAAAAUUUCAAGACCAAGUGACUGGUUAUGUAAUGAAUUUUACUGAUGCAGAAAUAAAAGUACGAAAUGCAACGAAUGAUGAAGGAUGGGGACCAACUAAUCAGCAAUGUGAUGAAAUCGCAAGUAUGACCUUUUCAUAUGACCUUUGUACAGAGGCAUCUGAGAUGUUAUUUAAACGUAUGAUGGAAAAUAGCAAAGGAACAUGGAGACGAACAUAUAAAAGUUUAAGAUUAGUAGAUCAUUUAUUAAAACAUGGAAGUGAAAGAUUUAUUAAAUAUACAAGAGAACAUUCAGCACAAAUAAGAGGUUUACAAAAUUUUCAUUAUAUUGAUGAAAAAGGUAAAGAUCAAGGAAUUAAUAUUCGUGUAAAAGCUAAAGCAAUUAUACAACUUUUACAAGAUGAAAAUUUACUUAUUGAAGAAAGAAAAAAAGCUAAAACAAUGAAUAGAGAUAAAUAUGUUGGUUAUUCAAAAGAAGAUAUGAUUCAUAUGUCAGGAAGUUCUUCAAUGUCUGGUUUUGGAAAUGAUUAUUAUAAUAAAUAUUCUGAUACAUCUUCAAAUGUUAAUAAAUCUCAGUCAAUGAAUGAUGAUAUUCAUAAAGAGGCUAAUUUAUUUAAUUUUCCUGAUGAUAGAGAUAUGGAUCAUACAGAACUUGGUAUUCCAAAUACACCAAAUAAUGAUGAUGAUUUUGGUGAAUUUGAAUCACCUGUAAAAAUUACAGAAAGUCAAAAAAAAGUAGAAGUUGAUUUAUUUGGUGAUAUAGUACCAAUUGCUCCACCUCCUAAUAACUUAGUAUCACCAACAUUCUCUUCAAAAAGUAUGACAUCACCUGUUUUGAAUACAAAAACUACAACAAAUGAUUUAAUUAAUCUUAUGGAUGAUUUAAAUGUCAUAGAACCACCAUCUACACAACAAACUUCUAUUAAUGUAUUUGCUGCAACAAGAAUGGAUUCUGAUAUUCUACCAAUACCUCAAAAAAUUGAACCACUUAAAAAUAAUGUUGGAAAUUUGUUGGAUAUAGAUAUUAAUACAACUGAUCAAAAUACAAAUAUACAAGAUGAAUUUGCUGAUUUUGUAGCAUUUGGUGGUACUACAACAACAAAUGAACCACAACAACUUGACUUUUUUAACUCAAUGUCUACUAUUUCACCUAAAGAAUCACAAAAUAAAAUAGAUACACCUAUAAAUGAAAAAAAUAACUUAGACUUAGGUAAUUUUAUUUCAGAAAAGAAACUUCCUCCAAAAGAGAGUACAAAAGUUGGAAGUACAUGGAAUGGCCUGGAAGAUAAAUUUGGAUUAGAUUUUGCAAAUUUCAACCUUAAAAAAGGAGAAUCGGAAAAGAAAAAAGUAUCAAUGAAUGAAAUGAAAAGUAAAGGAAGUAUACCAACAAAUUUAUUUUAA